CGCUGUCCAUACAAUUUUUAAUAUCUUUACGUUUCUCUCUCUUAGCGUCUUCUUUCUCCAGCCUUGCAGAGAGAGAAGCACGCAGUAACCAACUCAAUAUUCAGUUAAUCUUUCCUCGUUAGAGAGUUAUGGCAUUGUGUUUUUUUUGAGGGAUUUUCAUCGGAGUUUUUUCAACUUACGGAGACUAGAUAUUAGCAUUUGCAGAUUUCACUCUGUAACUGAUUCUUUCGAAAUUUUUGUGAGAGAUCUGAUUAUUUUUUUAUUUCUGUCGGGCGAUUCAGCCUCAACCCAACGCAAUUAACCACCACUCUCCGCCGAUCUUUCCCGAACACUCGAGAUUCCCGGUUUGACUUUAUAAUUUUUUACCUUUUUCCUUUUUUUCCCCAUUCGAGCUCAAACUAAAUCUUUGUCCCAUUUUAUUUGGUGAUUUCCUCUCACGAAUUUGCGGUAACAUUCAGACGUUGUGAUCGGGUGAUGAUGAGAUUCAGAAGUUUGUGAAUUUUUUUUAUUUGCGAGGGUUUUUCUUUUCCGAGUCAACCCGUGGAUCAAGUCGCAGUUUGUUUUUGAUCUGCUGAAUUCCAAAAAAUUAUCGGGAUUUCAACCGUAGUUGAUAGUAUCUGUGAUCGAAGAUGAUGCGGAUGAGGACUAAGAAUGAAACGCUACCACCCGGCGCGGAGAAAGAGUGGGAGAUGAGGCCCGGCGGAAUGCUGGUCCAGAAGCGUACCGACGGCGGAGAAGAGAGCCGAGUGCCGCCGCCGCCCACCAUUCGAGUCCGCGUCAAAUACGGUUCACUUUAUCAUGAAAUCCGCAUCAGCUCGCAAUCAACCUUCGGGGAACUGAAGAAGAUGCUGUCGGCGCCGACGGGGCUGCACCACCAGGAUCAGAAGCUGUUUUACAAGGAUAAAGAGAGGAAUUCGACUGCGUAUCUAGACAGUGCCGGAGUGAAAGACAAGUCUAAAUUGGUGUUGGAAGAGGACGCCAUUAGCAAGGAGAAACGCUUCCUAGAAAUGAGGAAGAAUGCUAAAAUGGAGAAGGCUGCAAAAACGCUGUCAGAUAUCAGCUUGGAGGUUGAUAGGCUCGCUUCGCAGGUAUCUUCUCUUGAAACUGUGAUUUCUAAAGGCGGGAAAGUGGUGGAUAAGGAUUUAGUGAACCUCAUUGAGCUCUUGAUGAAUCAAUUGCUCAAAUUGGAUGGCGUCGUUGCUGACGGCGAUGUCAAAUCACAGAGGAAAAUGCAGGUGAGAAGAAUACAGAAGCAUGUGGAGAAACUUGAUGCGAUGAAACUCAAGAACUCGAUGCCUGUAAACCAAGUUUCAUCGCAGAAGCACUCGAAUGGUCCUGAUGUGCCUUCUUCACCUGCUCAGCAUCAAGCCAGGCAUUCCCUGGGGGAGUCUUUGAUCGACUGUGAUUCACCAAAGCUGCAGGAUGAACAUCAACCUUCAAGGAGCUCGGGCUCAGGCACUUCUGUGGUGAUCACAACACAAUGGGAGACUUUUGAUUCUACUUCGAAUCCAUUUUUAGGUGGCCCUUCGACCUCCAGUACAACAGAAAAAGGAAACAUUCGUCCAGCUUUCAGUUGGAACUUGCUGUGAGUUGGUAGUAAGAUCCAACGCGGAUGCUGUGUCUAGUGUGGAUUUGUUUGGAAGUAUGUUUGGUAUCGAUUCUCGAUUCUUUUCUGUAUUUAGAGCUCUUGUCUUCCCAUAUGUGUUUCUCUUCAUCACAAAUAAAUGGGGAUACUUGCAUCCACGCUUGAUCAUCCCCAUUGAGUUUGUUUAUAUUUUGUAAUGUUGGUGAUAUACAUCAUGUGUCGUGACUACUUGUACUUAUAGUUUGCAAUUGCAUUUCAAUGAGUAGUUUUUUUUGCUGA